AUGUUCUCUGCUCUUCUUGAAGAGCUAGAAGGCUGUGAAGAUACUGAAAGAUUCCGGGCUUAUCUGAUGCAGUACUAUGUCAAUAGAACACAGCAGUGGGCAUACUGCUUUAGAGUAGGUCUGCAAAUCAACACAAACAUGCAUCUAGAAAAUUUUCACAGAAACCUUAAAUACAACUACAUGCUUGGCAGAGAGACCAAAAGAAUGAACAGAUGCAUAUCUGUUUUGCAGGAAUUUCUUCUGGACAAGGAGUUUGAUGAAAUUAGAAAAUUUCAUAAAGGAAACAUCAACAAAAAGAUGACAAAUAUUUCUAAGCUACACAAUGAAGGAUGUAAAAUAAUCUCUUCCGUCGUUUCAGUUGAUGAAAAAGAUUCCUGGAAUGUAAGAUCAGCAUCAAAUACUGAAGUAACAUAUCAUGUCAACCGUGUAGACCAUGAAUGUACUCAAUUAUGUGUGGUUAGGUGUUUUGCAUGUUAUGCUUGUAUAAAAGGAUACACGUGCACUUGCUAUGACAAUGCACUUCAUGGAAAUCUCUGCAAGCACAUUCAUGCAGUGGCAGAAUAUGACUGCAUUAAGAAGACACAAGUUGUAAAGGAAGAUUACAGCAAUGUAAUUGGCAGAAAUAUGGAAAUUGAAGAACUAAAUAGAGUUCACAUUAAAUCUUUCUCUGCCACUUACAAGCCAGAACAAUCUUCUUCUACUGCACAUAUAGUAUCAUUAGCAAAUCAUGUAGUAGGAGCUAUUGCAGAUAUGCAGGGCGAAGUCCCUGAGACAAUUGCACAGAAUGUUUGCAAGCAUCUUAAAUCUGCACUUAAAUUAAUACAAAUGUGA